AUGCACUGGGCGUCCGUUUUUGGUGCUAUUUGGUUAUUUCAAUUGUCAGGGGCAAGAGCCUCGCCUGCCAGGACGAAAAUGUAUGGCAAGGUACCACUAGUUUUGACAGAUGCAUGCAUGGGAGUUUUCGGCGAUGUUACGUGGGAGUAUACCAGUGACGCUUUGUAUGCCUCACCAGUAUGUACUUACGAACCGGCCUUGCAAUCAAUGUUGUACUGUAUUUUCGAAUCAAUGAAGGAAAAAGGCUAUUCGAACAAGACGUUCGAAAAGACGUUUGCUGCUAUCAAAGAGGAUUGCUCAUACUAUACUGAUGCACUUCAGAACAUGACUAAUACUGAUUUUUACAGCGCACUACACAACGGAACCAAGCAUAUGAUGCAGUAUGUCGAGGGUAACGCCAAUCUUACGUACCCAAUUGAGAUGGAUGCCCAAACAAGAGAGAAUUAUUAUUAUUCUUACCAUGGUUUCUAUGCUAACUACGACAUUGGCCACACAUAUGGUGGGAUUAUUUGUGCCUAUUUUGUGGGCGUCAUGAUUCUUGCUGGCAUUUUCCACUAUAUGAAUUACACUCCAUUUAAAACUGCCCUAUUUAAACAAAGACUUGUGAGAUAUGCGAGGGGAUACUUUACGCUACCCACCAUCUGGGGGAAGCAUGCGUCUCAUUUCUCUUCUCUCAAAGUAUUGACAGGCUAUCUACCUACAAGAUUUGAAGGUAUCAUUAUUCUUGGAUACCUUGUACUUCAUACCGUGUUCCUGGCGUAUGGGUAUCAGUAUGACCCAUACAACCUAAUUUUCUCCUCUCGUAGAGAACAAGUUGCUAGGUACGUGGCAGAUAGAAGUGGUGUCCUGGCAUUUGCUCACUUCCCCUUGAUAGCUCUAUUUGCCGGAAGAAACAAUUUUCUCGAGUUAAUUUCCGGCGUUAAAUAUACCUCUUUCAUUAUGUUUCAUAAAUGGCUAGGAAGAAUGAUGUUUCUGGAUGCUACAAUUCAUGGUGCAGCCUAUACCAGUUAUGCAGUAUUCUAUAGAGACUGGCAGGCCAGCAAAGAAGAGACAUAUUGGCAAUUUGGCGUUGCUGCACUUUGUUUAGUUGGUGUAAUGGUUUUUUUUUCUCUAGCUGUGUUCAGAAAAUGCUUUUAUGAGGCUUUCUUGUUUCUUCACAUUGUCUUCGGCGCAUUAUUCUUCUACGCAUGCUGGGAACACGUUGUAGACUUAAGUGGUAUUGAAUGGGUAUAUGCUGCGAUUGCUAUUUGGGUCGUUGAUAGGCUCGUUAGAGUUGUUAGAAUAUCAUAUUUUGGCUUCCCAAACGCCACGCUACAGCUUAUCGGAGACGAUAUAAUCCGAGUAACAGUUGAAAGACCGGCAAGCCUAUGGAGAGCCAAACCCGGACAGUAUGUUUUUGUGUCAUUUAUACAUCCACUAUAUUUUUGGCAGUCACAUCCAUUUACCGUGUUGGAUUCAAUAACUAAGGAUGGUGAACUAGUCAUUAUUUUGAAGGAAAAAAAGGGAGUGACAAGACUUGUUAAAAAAUAUGUGUGCCGGAAUGGAGGCAAGGCAUCCAUGAGAUUAGCCAUAGAAGGUCCAUAUGGUUCUUCGUCUCCGCUUAACCACUUUGAUAAUAUCUUGUUACUUACCGGGGGUACUGGUUUGCCUGGGCCCAUUGCGCAUGCCAUUAAGCUGGGAAAAUCUUCAGCAGCAGCAGGAAAACAAUCUGUAAAGUUAGUAAUUGCAGUAAGAGGGUUCGAUGUACUUGAAGCUUACAAGCCAGAGCUGAUGUGUCUAACGGACUUAAAUAUACAGUUUCACAUUUACAACACAAUGAAACUUCUAUUAACAAGUUCAAACGACAGUUCAAAUGGUUCUGAAAAGGAUGAUGAAAAGGGCGCUUUUGUUGAAACUAGUUUAGAAAAAUCGAAUCCAUUCGAAUUUGAAGGUGCGAUUUCUCAUCGUGGAAGACCAAAUGUUGAAAAACUUUUGCAAGAGGCGGCUGAAUCAAAUGGCUCAUUAGCCGUGGUUUGCUGUGGACCUCCUGUGUUUGUCGACAAAGUGAGGGACCAAACAGCAAAGAUUGUUUUGGAAAAGUCUUCAAAGGCAAUUGAGUAUUUUGAAGAAUAUCAAAGUUGGUAG